CGGUCCCCUUAGCUAGAUGCAUAUUUAAAUCUCGGUCGAGAAAUACUUCGGAACUUCAUCAUAAGGCAAAGAGAUACGGCGACAAGAAAAGAAAGAAAGAAAGAAAGAAAGAAAGAAAGAAAGAAGAAGAACAGAACAUAAGGGAGGAAAAACUAAACAUAGAUUUCCCCCCAUUAGAAUUACUCAGAAAUUCAAGAAAGAAAAUGUUUAAGGGCAUUUAGUUGAGUCUUUUAGCGUUUAAGUAUAUACUUUACACUAGAAGAAAAGGUAAGCAGGUGUUUUUGGAAUUAUUGUGUAGCUGAACAUUUAGCUCCAGACUUAGCUCGAACAAUAUCGGCUGAGACUUCUAGACCGAUCUGUUGAAGACGGCGACAUCACAUCGUUAGCUGCCUCCAGACACUCCAUGGAAGCAGACAAGAAACUGACCUUCCAGCUGAUGCUGGCUGUGGGAACAGCUGUGAUUGGCUCACUGCAGUUUGGUUACAACACAGGUGUCAUCAAUGCACCCCAGAAGAUUAUUGAGAGCUUCUACAAUGAGACAUGGUUUGACCGGAAUGGGGAGCCCAUCCCACCCUCUUCUCUCACCUCGCUGUGGUCUAUUUCAGUGGCCAUCUUCUCAGUGGGCGGGAUCUUUGGCUCUUUCUCUGUUGGGCUCUUUGUCAACCGCUUUGGAAGGAGGAACUCCAUGCUCUUUGCUAAUGUGCUGGCCUUCAUUUCGGCUGCCCUGAUGGGCUUCUCUAAGGCGGCUGCCUCGUGGGAGAUGCUGAUCAUGGGACGUCUAGUGGUGGGGCUCUACUCGGGCCUCUCAACUGGCUUUGUGCCACUGUAUGUGGGCGAGGUGGCUCCCACCGCCCUGCGAGGAGCCCUUGGCACCCUACAUCAGCUGGGCAUCGUCAUCGGCAUCCUCGUGGCACAGGUUUUUGGCCUGGACGUGAUCAUGGGCAAUGCUUCGGCUUGGCCCUGGCUGCUCAGCUUUACCUUUUUCCCAGCACUGAUACAGUGCAUUCUGCUGCCCUUCUGUCCAAAGAGCCCACGCUACCUCCUCAUCAACUGCAACGAGGAAGACAAGGCUAAAGCAGCAUUGAAAAAGCUACGUGGCACCUCAGACGUAAGCGCAGACAUGCAGGAGAUGAAGGAGGAGAGCAGGCAGAUGAUGAAGGAGAAGAAAGUGACCAUUGUAGAGUUGUUCCGCUCCCCACUCUACCGCCAGCCUCUGAUCAUUGCCGUCAUACUGCAGCUGUCCCAGCAGCUGUCUGGCAUCAAUGCUGUGUUCUACUACUCCACCAGUAUCUUUGAGAAGGCUGGCGUGGAGCAGCCUGUGUAUGCCACUAUUGGGGCUGGAGUGAUCAACACUGCGUUCACAGUGGUAUCGCUGUUUUUAGUGGAGAGAGCCGGCCGCAGGUCACUGCACUUAGUGGGACUGCUGGGAAUGGCAGUGUCUGCCAUCCUGAUGACAAUAGCUCUAGCCCUGCUGAACCAGCUGCUCUGGAUGUCAUAUGUGAGCAUCAUAGCUAUUUUUGCCUUUGUGGCAUUCUUUGAAAUUGGCCCGGGUCCCAUCCCUUGGUUCAUCGUGGCUGAGCUGUUCGGCCAGGGCCCCCGGCCAUCUGCCUUUGCUGUGGCUGGCUUCUCAAACUGGACAGCCAACUUUAUUGUGGGGAUGUGCUUUCAGUAUGUAGAGGCAGUCUGUGGCCCAUAUGUCUUCAUCAUCUUCACUGUGCUGUUGGUGGGCUUCUUCAUUUUCACCUAUUUCAAGGUCCCCGAGACGAAAGGCAGAACGUUCGAUGAAAUCUCUGCCGGCUUUGCCCAACGAAACGUGGAGAAGUCCCUACCUGAAGAGCUCAAUGCUCUGGGGGCAGACUCACAGCUCUGAGCCCCGCCUACUUCAUUCCCUCGCACUUGUUCACACAACUACUGAAAGAGAAGCGCAUUGGCCAUGGAACAGAUGUGGUUCCCUCUCUGCACCCAUCUGUGCAGGCCUGAUCUGCUGCCCCCUUUAAUACAUGGACUUUUGGACAUGGGAUUUUAACUUCUUCUUCUUCUUAAUUUUUUUUAAGAGAUUAGAGUUUUAAAGUUGGAUUAAUAUGUACAUAAACAUUAUUUUCAUUUUGCUUUUUCAUUAAAUUUGCUACCUGACUUGUCUAUGUUUAGAAUGAAUUAAUUUUCAUAGUUGGUUCUUGUCUGAGACUGUUGACUGGUAAGCCUCCAGCAGAAUACUGUUAUCAAGGCUUAAACUGCUUUCAUUCAAGUUCACCGACUGAAAAUAUGUAGUGAAUUCCCGUAUUACAGAUUAGCUGUAACUAUAACUGUACUUUUAACUUUGGUGGUUAGACAUUCUGACUUGUUGUAUCUUGUAGUGAUCUCCAGCCCUCCCUACACAGAGAAUGGGCAUGUCAAGGCCAGAACUACAGCACUGCAGGCAGUCGAGCUUUCACCCUUCAGCCUCCUCUAAGACUUUCUAAGAGUAGGUGUAUAGAGAUUAGGGAGAAGUGUGCAGUGCUGUAGCCAGCCAGGACUGGAGUCUUCAGAAAUGUCAUUGGCACUUCUAUUUAGCAGUUCUAUUUAUUUCACAAUUUGUUUUUUAUACAUUGCUGGAUAAAUACAAGUUUAUUUCAAUAAUAAUUUUUGAAUAUGCUGUUCUAUUCUGAUAAAUAAUGUUUUAACUGCUGUCUCCAUAAACUAGCCUAAAAUUCUUUCAAUUGCACUGAAACUGACAACAAAAAUAUAUAAAUUAUUUAAAUAAUGUAUGUCCACAUAAUGUUGAGUUACACUAUAUAGCAGUACAUGAUGCAUACUGUAUGUCAUUCAAGAAAUUUACAAGUGAACUUAAACGGUUAACACUUUACUAUCAGUGCAUUACUAGGAGACCAGCUCAGCACUAAUGACUAAUAAGAUUCAGUACAUUUACAGAAUAAAGAUUAAAUAUUGGGGAACUAAAUUUUAGCCAGCAUACUUCCAGCAUACCAGCAUCAUCCAUGGUAUAAGAACCCUAAAACAAAGUAGAUUUCUAGAAAGAAAUUUCCACGACAACAGCUCUAGAACACCUGUAGAAAGAAAAUUCCUUGCUUUGCAUCUUGAGGCUUCAGGCCUGAGGUGAGAAAGGGACCAAAAGUGGGACUCACUGUUGUGUGAGACCCAUCAGCAGCUUCAAAGAAUCUAGCUGGAUAAUUUCAGCCAAGCCUUGUUAAAGACAGCACGAAUGCAGAUAUUGAAUUUGGUAAUCUUGUUUCCGUUAAAAGGGAGUUUUGGAGUGUUUUACAUGCAUUUGCAGCCUAAAGCAUGCUGUUACAGGUUUGUCCUUACUUUGUGACACUUUGACUUUAUAUGCAGACCUCAUUAUAACCAGCAGAACAUGGAUUGCCAAAUUUGGUAAUAAGCAAGAAAAUUCCUGUUACUAAAGAAAGAUUGAAAGUGGCACUGAUCUAGUUUUGCUGUUCUCGGCUGUGCACCCAUUCCCACCCUAGUGAUGAGCCAAAGUUUGAUGUAUAUUAUUUCAGGCAAGAAUAAGAAUGACUGACUCAUAAUGAGUUCUGAAUUCAUUAUUAGUUCUCACAAGGCCAGUAUCAGGGUCUCAUAGCAUUUAUGUAAUCAAUGGUGCAUAGUUGGUGGCAUGUUCCAUUAUUUUCACACCAACACCCCAAAGCAUUCCAGGGAUUUUCGAGAGCAUACAUUGAGCGUGUUUGUAUAUGUAAGCUUGUUUUACUUCUGUUGUCUUGCACAUGUAUAGGGCUGUAUUAGUACAGUUGUAUGAGUGUUUCCACCAAUGUCCUGUUGCCAUACCUACGGCUUGCCUCUGUAAAAA